UAAAGCGGGUCAAUCAGGUAGCCUAUCACAUUAUACAUGAUCUGCUUUUAUGCUUCCUCUUCUGUUCUCCCUCCUCUCUCCUCAUCGCUGCGCGGGAACAGCGGCCCGCACGACUCUCUCGUCCUGACUGACAUUUGCUCUGUAGCCUAUCCAGCCACCCACCACCACCACCACCACCCGUCUUUCUGUCAAGAAUCAUCCGCACACAGAGAGCAUUGUGUCGAGGAGGCUCCGUCGGUGCGUGUCAGCUGAGAGAGAGAGAGAGAGAGAGAGAGAGAGAGAGAGCGAGAGCGAGAGAGAGAGAGAGAGAGAGAGAGAGAGAGAGAGAGAGAGAGAGAGAGGUCCUCCUUGGCACACACUCGUCAGUGUGGCAGUGUGAUUUUGACUGACUGACGGGGGAUUCUGGAGGAAACACACAGGAAAGGGACGAAACACACUCCGGUUUGAUUUUUUUCUGUCAUCGUUGUCACGGCAGAUGAUUUUCUAGCAGUGCCGUUUGUAUUUACCUCAGCAUCGGAUUUUGCUUUAUUUUUCCUGUCCUUGAUUGGCUGAACCGGGGCUGAACCCAGCCAACCUGGGCCGGGCUGUGGGGCUGUUCAGCGAGCCAUAUAGCUGAAGUUGGCACCCGAGAUGAGCGCCUGGAGACCCGGGAGCGGGGCUCUCUCUUCGCCAGGGACAGGGUCUUGGUCGUGGCGGUGCUGGUGGUGGUGGGUUGUGGUAAUCGGGGUGUCAGUGGGCUCUGGAGAUCCGUGGAUGUCCGCGGAGGCAUGCCCGUCGUUUUGUUCUUGCAGCAGCACCAGGAUCUCCUGCGUGGACCCGGAGAGGGGUAUCAAUGCUUUCCCCGUCCUGCAGAGCGAGGCGGAGAUGGAGAACAUCACCGAAAUUUAUAUCGCCAACCAGGGCAGCUUCUCCUCCAUCAACGACAAAGACCUGCACUACUACAAGAAUCUCAGGAACCUAACGGUGACCAACAGCAGGCUAACAUAUGUUUCGAAGCUGGCCUUUCAAAACAAUAUCAAGAUACAGUACCUGAAUCUGAAAGAUAACAACCUGUCAUCGCUGUCCUGGAGGAUAUUCAAACACCUUAACAUCUCUUAUCUGAUCCUGACAGGGAACCCUCUGCACUGCUCCUGUGAGAACAUGUGGAUCAAGCUGUUGUUAGGAGAGGAAGCAGACACUCAGGAGCUGCGCUGCAUUGAGGAUGGAGGAGGACGCAAGCUGCUGUCCAGACUGACACUACCUAACUGUGAGGUUCCCAUGGCAACAUUGAGCCCAUCCAAAGUGAGACUAAGGGAGGGGAAGAACAUGGACCUGUCCUGUACGACCUCUGGGGUGCCCUCACCUGAGCUGAUAUGGAACAUGGCGUUGGUCUCCAACUAUGAGAUUGAGACAUCGGGCCAGAUUUCGUGGCUUCGACUGUCCAACCUGUCGUCGCUGGACCACAACAGCAAGAUCAGCUGCACAGCUGAGAACAUUGUUGGAGAGAAAGAGUCCUCGCUGCUGCUGGAUAUACUCUUUCCUCCCAAAAUCACUAAACUGAGUGAUGCAAUCCCUGACCAUCACUGGUGCAUCCCCUUCAGCGUGGCAGGAAAUCCGACGCCGCACCUACAAUGGUUUCUGGAUGGCGAAGCGGUGACUGAGGGGGUCUACAUAAUGACCAUGAUCCAUGAUGUCACAGAGAGAGAGUACCACGGCUGCCUGCAGCUAGACAGCCCCACACACCUUAACAAUGGGCGCUACACGCUCUUGGCUAAAAACGAAUACGGAACGGACCAAAAGGAGGUGGAGGCUCACUUCAUGCGCAAGCCCUGGGAUGGAACGGAGAAGGAGCCUUACUAUUAUGUUGCUGAGGAUCUAACCCCAGAGGGCCCCACUGUAGACCCUCCUGAAGACAGAGUCGCUGUGUACGUGGUGGUGGGCAUUGCUGCUGUCGCCUUCACUGGUUUCCUUCUAAUGUUGGUUAUUCUCAAGUUUGGAGGAAACUCCAAGUUUGGCAUCAAAGGACCAUCUUCGGUGAUCAGUAACGAUGAUGACUCAGCCUCUCCUCUUCACCACGUCUCCAAUGGCAGCAACACUCCUUCAUCCUCAGAGAUGGGCCCUGACGCGGUAAUCAUUGGCAUGACCAAGAUCCCGGUGAUAGAAAACCCUCAGUACUUCAGGAGCACAAACAGCCUGCUCAAAACUGACACAUUCGUCCAGCAUAUCAAGAGACACAACAUUGUGUUGAAGAGAGAGCUGGGAGAAGGAGCCUUCGGAAAAGUCUUCCUGGCUGAAUGUUACAACCUUUCACCUGACCACGAGAAGAUACUGGUGGCUGUCAAGACACUUAAAGAGGCCAGUGAAAAUGCCAGGAAGGAUUUCCACCGUGAGGCUGAGCUGCUGACCAACCUUCAACAUGAACACAUUGUCACUUUCUAUGGAGUCUGUGUGGAGAGUGACCCUCUCAUCAUGGUGUUUGAGUACAUGAAACAUGGAGACCUCAACAAGUUCCUCAGGGCUCACGGUCCGGAUGCAGUGCUGAUGGCAGAGGGUCAGACCACCAGACCUGUGGAGCUGACCCAAUCUCAGAUGCUGCACAUCGCUCAGCAGAUAGCAUCUGGCAUGGUCUACCUGGCAUCACAGCACUUUGUGCACCGCGACCUGGCCACCAGGAACUGCCUGGUGGGCGAGAACCUGCUGGUAAAGAUUGGAGACUUUGGCAUGUCGAGAGACGUCUACAGCACUGACUACUACAGGGUAGGUGUUGGAGGUCACACCAUGUUACCAAUCCGUUGGAUGCCCCCUGAAAGCAUCAUGUACAGAAAGUUCACCACAGAAAGUGAUGUUUGGAGUCUCGGAGUUGUUCUCUGGGAGAUCUUCACCUAUGGAAAACAGCCUUGGUACCAGCUCUCCAAUAAUGAGGUGAUAGAGUGUAUAACCCAGGGCAGGGUGCUGCAGCGCCCUAGGACCUGUCCUAAAGAAGUAUACGACCUGAUGUUGGGCUGCUGGCAGCGAGAGCCGCACAUGAGACUCAACAUCAAAGAAAUCCACUGUCUGCUCCUCAAUCUGGCCAAAGCCUCACCUGUAUACCUGGAUAUACUGGGCUGAACACAGGACGAGGACCAAGGAUGUGUGUGAUGUGUGUGUGUUUGGGUGGAGAUGAAUACUGUACCUUAGUGUGUAUGUGCAUUUGAGGUUGCAUGCAUGCGUAUGUGUGUGUGUGUGUGUGUGUGUGUGUGUGUGUGUGUGUGUGUGUGUGUGUGCGUGCGCUAGGGUGGACACGGUGACACCUGUGAAAUAAAUUAAGUGUGCGGUGCUUGUGCUGUACAGGAUGUGAAGCUAUUAUCAAACUCUUAAAAGGCAAUCAAAAUAUUCCUCAACUCAUCCCCAACCGCGUCUUUCCUCCAUGCCAAUUUCCUCUCCUUUGUGCAUCUCUACUCCUUCCCUCUUUCCUUCCCGGAAAGACAUUUACUAAGAGUAAUUUAACUUUUGGGGGGGAAAAAAGCUUCUCACUUCUUUUCAAAUGCUUUAAACUGACUCUGGGCUAAAUUGAUGAAAACCGGAUUAAUAGGACAUUAAAAUUUAUAAAUUUAAUGACUCAUCCCUCGCUGCCUGUCGGACAACAGGACUUGUUUGGACAUCCGGAAAUUUCAAGGAGGCGCAGCGUUGGGAGGAUUUCCGGAAGCUUCUAUCCUUUUGCGUGUAAAUAUGAGACUGUACAACGGUAAGACAUUUCAGAGGAAAUGGCUCUGUGCUAUGUCGAGCCAUAAAGACACUGUGUUUUCCCGUCUCACCCUGUCUGUCUUUUCUGUCUUUCUGGCUGUUCCUCAGAACUGUACAUGAGUGUUAAUGUCAGUAUUCAUUCAACAUGGCCAGAGGAAAUGACUGAUGAUUAACACACUGGUACACACAAAAAAAUGACCUGGCAAAGUAAACACAAAAUCUGGUUUUCUGCCUGUCAGAUAAAAUUAGGAGAAGAGAUGACAAAGAUUAUUUUGGGUUGGCCAAUUUCACUUAAAAAUACGAUCACUAACAAUACAGUGCCUACUAAAGCUGAACUGAACUGCUGUGGGGGGAAAUGGCAAAGGGAUUCUAGUAUACUGUAAUUGUGAAUUCUAGAAAUGUAAAAAAAAAAGGUUGAUCUGUCUGGGACUGAUCUAUAAUCUCUCCUCAUGCAACAGUCUGAUAUACAUGAUUAUGAGGAUAUAUGCACUCAUAUCCGCAUACUGUUUUCUGUUACAUAUUUACUUUGCUCAGGCCUGGACUGCAGUGUCAGACAGCACAGGGUAACAUGAUGACUACAUUUCUUUUCCCCCCCCGAAGUGACAGAUGCUUCACUUGUGAUGUCAAGCGCUCGAUCGGAGGUCAAUUGAUUCAUUUGUCUGCAGCUGUCUGACAAUCGUGAGGUCUUGGGGUUGAGGGGGUGGGGGGUGUAAAAGUUGCUAAGGGAGGCUGGGUUCUGAGUGGUCAGAUCACGGUCAGAUGUGUGGGCGACGGCGCUGUAGAAGGUGUGGUUCAAUUGGUCAACCCAUAUUAAAUCAUCAACGCUCUCAGCACUUAGACAUCCUU